GCAGUCUUGAGUGGCAGAAGCUUGAAGCUCUCUUGCUCCCUCUCCAUCUCUCUUUGUCCCUCUCUCUCUACCUCUCUCUCGUCAGUAAUUUUUAGGGCUGGGCAUCUGGGGGCUGCCCUCGCCGCCUCUUCUGGUCUCUGCGACUCCAUCAGUCGAAUUCUCGACUUCACACGCCACCGCACAGACGCACAACAUUGGCUUAUCUCCGAUCGCUGAUUGUGAAUGAAUAGUUCUCUUGUAGCCUAUAUCCUCUUGCACUCUGCAGUGUGUGUUCUAAUUCGCACAACAUUACAACAACACAUGCAUGGGUGUGACUGCAGGCUCUGUGCUAAACCGUCUUCUUUGUGACAAAGGCCAUCUAACCAAACCCUCAAAUCCCACCGCCGUCAAAGCCAUCAGCAGCACAAUCCUCACUCACCUUGACUCUGGUCAUCUCCCGAAAGCUGUUUCAAUCCUCUUUGCAUCUCCACAUCCCUUCCAAUUUUCUCUCUACGCCCGUCUCUUCCAGCUCUGUUCCUCCAACCACGCCAUUCUCGAGGUCCGAAAGGUUGAGUCCCAUUUGGUCACCUUCUCACCCGUCCCGCCCAUUUUUCUACUGAAUCGUGCCAUUGAGGCUUAUGCGAAAUGUGGGUCUUUGGGAGAUGCGAGGGAGCUGUUCGAGGAAAUGCCUCAAAGAGAUGGUGGGUCUUGGAAUGCAUUGAUAACAGCGUACUCACAAACUGGGAAUCCUGAGGAUGCCUUUGGCUUGUUCAUAAAGAUGAACCGGUCGGGUUUUUUGCCAAAUGAGAUUACAUUUGCCAGUGUUCUUGGGUCGUGUGCUGCAGUUUUGGCGCUUUGGCUUUCGAGGCAAAUUCAUGCGGUUAUUUUCAAGUAUGGUUUCAAUGGGAAUGUGAUUUUAGGGAGUUCACUUGUUGACAUAUAUGGGAAAUGUGGGGUUAUGAGGGAUGCCCGUGGAAUAUUUGAUGAGAUCCAGAAUCCAAAUGACAUAUCUUGGAAUAUAAUUGUGAGGCGGUAUCUCGAGAUGGGUGAAGGAAAGGAGGCAAUAAUUAUGUUUUUCCAGAUGUUUGUGGCAGCUGUUAGGCCAUUGAAUUUCACCUUUUCAAGUGCUCUUGUUGCUUGUUCGAGUAUUACUGCACUUGAAGAGGGAAUGCAGAUUCAUGGAGCUGCAAUUAAAAUGGGUUUCGAAAAUGAUGAGGUUGUUUUGAGCUCCCUUAUCGAUAUGUACGCCAAGUGUGGGGAACUAGAGAAUGCGUGUGCAAUUUUUGACCAGCCUAAGUCGAAAAAUUUGAUUUCUGGGACUUCAAUUGUUUCAGGAUAUGCAAUGAGUGGACAGACAUGGAAGGCAAGAGAGUUCUUCAAUGAAAUGCCUGAACGGAAUGUGGUAACUUGGAAUGCAAUGUUGGCAGGAUACACUCAUUAUUUCCAGUGGGAAGAGGCUUUGAAUUUUAUAUUCCUGAUGGUGAACACAACAAAAAAUAUAGACCAAGUCACCCUUGGGUUAAUCCUCAAGGUGUGUGCUGGCCUUUCGGAUGUUGAAAUGGGAAAACAGGUUCAUGGAUUCAUUUACCGACAUGAUUUCUGUUCCAAUAUCUUUGUUGGAAAUGGCCUUCUUGACAUGUAUGGUAAAUGUGGGAACUUGAAAAGAGCCAAAACAGUCUGGUUUCACCAAAUUAGUCAAUGCCGGGAUAGAAUUUCUUGGAAUGCUUUGUUGAGUAGCUAUGCGCGUCAUGGCCGGAGUGAACUAGCUAUGACAAUAUUUUGUGAGAUGCAAUUGGAGGAAACACCUGAUGAAUAUACGUUUGCAAUUCUCCUGGCAGCUUGUGCAAAUAUUUUUGCACUUGAGCAAGGAAAACAAAUUCAUGGUUUCAUGAUCAGAAAUGGUUAUACAAUGGAUAGCGUGGUCAGAGGGGCAUUAGUUGACAUGUAUUCCAAGUGUCGUUCUAUUGAGUAUGCUAUCAUGGUUUUCAAAGAGAGGGCUUCAAGAGAUGUAAUUCUGUGGAACUCCAUGAUUUUGGGAUGCUGUCACAACUAUAAGGGGAGAGAAGUACUCAAAUGUUUUGGUUUGAUGGAGGAUGAAGGUAUUAAGCCAGAUCAUGUAACAUUUCGAGGUGUUUUACAUGCUUGUACAUAUGAAGGUUUUGUUGAGUUGGGCAGGCAGUAUUUUGAUUCGAUGACCAAUGAGUACGGUAUUAUACCUAGGUUAGAGCACUAUGAGUGCAUGAUUGAACUGUACAGCCAAUGGGGGUACAUGGAUGAGCUUGAAAAUUUUGUAAAGAACAUGCCAUUUGAUCCUACAGUCCCAAUGUUGACAAGAGUCCUUGAUGCUUGUAGAAGACAUGGCUGCUUGAGAUUGGGACAAUGGGCAGCUCAAAGACUUAAUGAGUAAUCCUUCUAGUUCAUAAGAGUUUCAGAUUAUGGACAGAGCCAGGUAGUGAUUGGCAGCAUUGCAGAUUUGGAAGCUUAAACCACUACGUUAUCGUAAACGUUCUACAUUGAAUGAAAUUUGUUUGACGUAAUGGAUGAAGGAGUACUCUAGAAAAUUGAAGCAACAAAAUUUGUUGGUCAUGCAGAAAUGAUUAUUUUUUCCUCAACGUGUUCCUACAUCCACAACGACAACAGCAGGUAAUAAAUGCUGAUGAUAGCGAUCGGGCGGACACCCUUUCCCCAACUCUGAUGUGCCAAUUUUCUGUGCUUGCAAGUUGGAAAGACACCGUUUUAUUUGUCUUAGCAAAUCAGGGUUCAGGAUACACUGUUUUCAUCUUAUUGUUGUAUAUUCUUCUAUUUAAUUUUUCUACUUCAAUAAUUUUUUUAAUAUGAUGCAGGAAGAUGAAAAGGAGAAUCGCGAAGGCUUUUCAAGCAGCCAUAUUCAAAUAGUUUUCUUCAAUUGAAGUACUGUUUUAUCUAUCUGUUGAAAAUAUUUUACGAUGAACAUUUGUAAGGAUACAAGUAUAAACAACAUUUGUUAUGGGGUAAGCUGAAAUGAACUCUUAUUUCUGUUGCUUAUUAUUUCUGAUGGUUUAUUAGGGAAGUUGCUUCCUCAUAUCCUCAUAGGAUUAUGUAAAGCAUUGAGAGUGACUGCUCAUACUACUUUUUUUUUUUAAUCUCAUCUCAUUUUGCCUCUAAUAAUAGUGGUUUAUCAUAAUUGUGGGUGAUGAGAUCGAGAUUAAGCUACAAUAGAAAGGAUAGUUACUUGAUGCACAUCAGUUGACCAUGGUUAAAUGAUAAAAUAUUCCAUUUCCGUUGAAAACUAGACCCAGCUUCAUACACUCUUCUUGACUUGAGGUGCAGCAGAGAAGAGAAGUCAUUACCAAGCAACCACAAUGUUCAAAGGACCAACAAAGCAGAUUUCCAGGUUAGUGGUAUGCAGUUCGAUUCUCCACGGCAUGUGUGUGAGAAUACCUCCCUCUUCCCUUCUAACUGUGUGAAAAAAAGGUAUUUUGAGGGCUUUUCAAUCAUUUGCCUUUUUUUUCUUUUCCCUUUUAAUUAACCAGAAAAGGUGGCAGGUCGGAUUUUAAAGUCUUCGAUCGAGAGAACGAUUGAUAUAUAAAUAUACACACAUGCACACUCCUAGAGACACAGAGCAUGCAAACCAUGGAUUUCCUGCAGUGUACUUCCAUAUCAUCAGCUGUUUCAACCUAUUUGUUUUCCUUCCCUUUCUACAUUAUCAUCGCAUUGGCUACAUCAAUCGGUGCAUAUUUUUUCAUCCAUUUAUGUGACCCUAAGAACUGGAAGGAUUCUCCACCAGGACCUGUUGGAUGGCCCAUACUUGGGAGCCUUCCUCACCUCCUCAACAAUCGCCUUCAUGAGGACUUGUUUCAUCUCUCUAGAAUCCAUGGCCCAUUCUUUAGCCUAAAACUAGGUUUAAAGCCACGGGUCCUGAUAUUGUCACCGAAGAUGGCAAGGAAGACCCUUAAGCAGCAGGAGUAUGUUUUCUCCAGUCGUACCAUCAUGGAGGCCAUCCAGGUCAUUACAUAUGAUACGGCCUCUGUUGUAUAUAUGCUCUCAUGGCUAGUGCAAGUUGGAGAGUAUUAGAAGAAUCUUGAUGGAACAGAUCUUCUCUGCCAAGGCCUUUGAGGCUUUUGAACCAGUUCACAAGCAACAGGUUUUGUUAAUUUUUUCAGGUUCAUGGGUUGCUCAAGCAGCUCUACUUAGCUUUGAUGAUGAAAAAUUCAGUGAACAUUGCAGAGUUGGGCUUCGUGGCCUCAGGCAAGAUUGUGAGUAACACAGUAUGCAGUAAAAACCUUUUUGAUAACACAAAAAACAAAGGGAGAGAACUAAAACAUACAUUCUGGGAGUUAAUGCAAAUUCUUGGCUCUGUAAAUGUUACUGAUCUCAUCCCAGUAUUUAAACCAUUUGAUCUUCAAGGCCUGAAACGGAGAAUUUUGAAGAUCUUUUGGAGAUUAUAUGCAUUUUAUGAAAACAUUAUCAAGGAGAGGUUGGAAGAAAGGAAAAUCAGAAUCGGCAAUAUUGGGAAGGAAAAAUUGGACUUGUUAGAUGUGUUAUUGGAUUAUAGAAGUGACAGAGAUGAUGAAUUAAAAAGCUUAUCGAGAAAGAACAUUAAAGGCAUGCUUGCGGAAAUGUUCACCGGCACAGAGACUACAUCAAGCACUUUUGAGUGGGGUAUGGCAGAGAUCCAAAGAAAACCUGAUGCAUACAAGAAAAUAGUUAUGGAGUUGGACCAAGUAGUUGGGAAAGAUCGGUUUGUUGAAGAGAGUGACAUUUCCAAUCUACCCUACCUUCAAGCAGCAGUGAAAGAAGUUUUCUGGCUCCACCCUGCCGUCCCACUGCUCGUUCCUCAUAGCACGAAUGAGGCGUGUGAGGUUUCCGGUUACCAUAUUCCUUAAGGCUGCAUAGUUUUGGGGCUGGCUAGGGAUCCCAGUGUUUGGGAAGACCCUUGUGAGUCUAAACCCGAAAGGUUUCUUGGGUCAAGCAUUGAUGUGAAAGGCCAUGAGUUUAACCUCAUUCCUUUUGGGAGUGGGAAAAGAUCUUGCAUCGGAUUGCCCCUUGUCCAUCGCAGUGGGCAUGUUUACUUAGCAGCCCUGCUUCAUGCUUUUGAAUGGGAAUUCCCUGCUGACAUUUUGGACAUUGUAGAAGAGAGAAUGGGGCUUGUAAUUCAAAAAGUAAGACUCUCAUUGGCCUUCCUAAACCUAGAUUGUCAGAUUCUGCUUAUCUCCACUGAUCUCCUGUGCAAAUAUGUAAUAUUGGUAAGAUGGAGUAUGUCUCUACAAUACUUCUAUGCUAAUGUAAUUUAGAAAUAUACUAUUGAGUAAUAAUAAUGCAAUUAGUUUCGCAUGAACA